GGCAGUGCUGAAGAAUCUCGCAGACGCCAGUUUUCAUUUUUUGCUAUUUCACAGCUUGCCAGCUAACCUUUGCGCACCACUUAGUAAUAUUGACGACUCUGCUCGUAGCUAUUUGUUGAGCAACUCUCUCUAAAUCGUCACUGUAGCCCUUUUUCGCCGCAAAGCUGAAAUAGCUCAGUUCGAGCGCAAAUAGUAAUACUGAAAUGUACAACUACAAGGUCAGCAUCUCUCCUAUGCAAUCGAUUCUUAUUUAGCUUGUGCAACGGCUACGACCUCCCAUAAGUGUAAUAUUCAAUGCCUCCCAUGUAACAGUGUUGUAACCCACACCUUGUAUACGCUUAAUUCAUUGUAACUCUCUUGUAGUAGUAACCAACUCUCGAGAAAAAGACUUCUCAAGACACACCUAAAAAAUAUAAAUCACUCAGAAAUACAAACCACAAACGAAGAUGCCUUGGUUUCGAACUGGGAACAGUAAUAGCCGCCGGCCGACGUUGAUUUAUUACCGUAGCCUUGGUGACGGCCCGACCCGUGUUUUGUUCGUCCAAGGCAUGGGUGUGCCGCAAGCUGGCUGGUGUGGAACGGUUGAAGGCAUGCUAGCUUCAGGAUCGGGAUCUGGGUCAGAACCGUCUCCCUUUACGAUUUGUACUCCAGAUAAUCGUGGUGUCGGAUUUUCCAUCGAUCAGAGCAUGGGACCCAAAUUAGAAGGUUCUACUUCUAGACCAGGAGGACUCUCUACCACAGAAGCCCUAAAGCGAGAAUGGACUACAUGGCGUGUGGAAAAUUUGGCACGAGACUUUCUAGACCUCAUUAUACACGGAUUGAAGUGGAAAGAAUUCCACAUUGUCGGGAUCAGCUUCGGAGGCAUGCUUUCACAACACAUGGCCUACGUUCUUGCUUUGGAUAAGGAGAAAGCAGAGCAGCGGAUGUCGAUGGCAUCCUCGAAGAUGACGAACUCAACCACAGCGUCAAGUAGUCCUUUGCCAGAGUAUCCAGGUGCGAAAAUCCUGUCAAUGAGUUUGCUGAAUACCUUAGCUGAGGUGCAUCACUUCUAUACGAUGCGUGGAUUGGGACUGCAGGUCUAUGACAUGUUUAUGCACGCUCCUUCGACUGCGCCAUCACCGGUGCCAGGAGGGGCCAGGCAGAGUACGAGCAAAAAGGUUGGAUCACCAAGUAGAAAGAUUGUUAGUAGUGGAGAGAGGGUUCGUGGUACUAGCAAAAAUGGUGGUAGUCGUGUAAGUACAGCAAGAACGGCAUCGUCAGACGACGCAGGGAGAAUUCCGACCAAUGAAGUGCAAGCAGCACCUCCAUCCGGUCAGGAACUACAGGAGGCACGAACACUCCCCACUGACGCAAGUCGCCUUUCCACCUAUGAACUGCAACCUCAAGUAGCACAACCAGUAGAGCAAAAGCUAGAACAUCAGCGAGAUCAUGUUCAUCAGCAGGGUCGUCUUUCAACCAAUGAACUGAGAAGAGGGGCUCAUCAUAACGAAGGCGCACCAGUUCACCUUCCUCCAUUACACUGGACAAAGGAGCGCACGGCUUUCCACGCGUGGUUCAUCCACUUGUAUGGCCCGGAGUAUCUCAAAUUCGUGCCAGAAUUCUCCCUAGCAGAGGUCGAAGCCGCAGGUAAGCAGAUGACCGUUUUUGCGCGUUUACACUCUGCUCUCUGUGCGUAUGUGAACAAGCAUCAAGAGGAGCUCGGCGGCGAUAGCGAAUACUUUCGGAAUAAGAAAGUGAAAUGGUACAUGGGUUUAAUCCUGUACGCACAUAAUGCUUCACGAAUCCUCGAUGUGGAUGAGGAGGUAUACGAAGUAUUGGGGAAAACGAGGACCAAAAACCUUCAAUUUACUGAUACCAGAAGUGCUGGAAAAAAUCAUGGGAAGAAGAUGAAUACAAGAAGCACAUCAACAUCAACAUCACCACCAGUGCGUGUAGUUCUCUUUCCACAAGGUCAACAUGAACGAGAACCACAAGGACAACAUCAAGACGAAGACGAGGACAAAAUUGCCAACGAUUUGCUGUCGUUUAUUCGAGGCAAUCUGGAGAAGAUGCUCGCGAAACAUCUACAGCCCAACGCAACAAGGCCGUUCGCGGUCCCGUUGUCUACCCCAGUCAGCGUUUUCAGUCAAUGCAAAGCUGCCUUCUACGCUCAUAUGAUACCUGAGAAAUUAGCCCUUGCUCGCACGGCCGUUGCCGGUAAAAUUGUGCUUGUCUCCGCCGAUCGCGACAAAGUUUUGCGUGCGGAGGAAUCCGUGAAGCUAGCAAAGUGGAUAGAUGCGGACGUACUAGUGCAGGUGCCUGGAGGCCAUCUCGUGUUUGAUCAGCACAAGGCGUUGAUAGAAUCCACAAUUCGAGAAACGAUUCUUGCUUCUUGUAGUAAUGCUACCGGAGGAGCAGGGAGUUGUGGGAGUAGUAGUGCUGAUGUUCCUUCGGCUAGUUCGUGUAACUGUAGUAGUGGGACUCGCAGUGGUACAGUGGAUCAGGAGCAGGGUGCUUUGGCCAGUUGUAACGGUACUAGCAGCGGCAGCAGUCCUUCUUCUGAUCCUCCAACAUCUCCUACUGCCGCAUCAGAUAGUCUUCCUCUACCACCCGCCGCUCUUGAGACAAGUGCAAACGCCCCUACAUAUUGUGCCGCCCCGAGCACCUCCACUGCUCCUUCCACUAUGAGCACCUCGUCCGCUGCUACAACUAGUGCCGGCACGUGGUUCACCAUCGACGUUAAUCGUGAUUGCACAAACAAAGAGCCUUUCGACUUUUGGCUACGUCGCAUCCUGCAAGAUGAAGCAACCGCCUCUAUGACCAACGAAAAGGGAAUCCCUACGCCCCAGAUGAUCAUCGAAAGGCAAUGGCCUGGCAGACCAAGUAGGAAGAGUGUUUACCUCCGUUGCGCCAGACCCGCUGAAGUGCCUGACCCGUUCAACCUUUUCGAUGUACCUGUGAUGCGAAUUCAGGUAGCGACGCGGGGAGCCUUCACUCGGAACAUGUUGGCGGAAGACGUCGUCGCUGUGCAAAGCCGGUUGUGAGUCUGGAUGUUCACUUAUCACAAUUCUAGAUGUCACAGUUAUCACAAUACUUGAUGUUCAGUUAUCACAAUACUAGUAGAUCUUAGACCAUUGACAUUUUCUCUUUCUUAGACAUUGACACUACCUAGACACAGACGUGCAUCAUCGGCAUGAGCGUUUGGUCUUUUUUUAGAAAAUGGUGUAGUCGAGUGACUAUAUUACUUUUUUUAGCCCUUAUUGUUCAUUUAUUUUAUGAGCGUGCAAAACGGUCUAUUUUUUAUGGAGCAAAUCUUAUGGUGAUAUUAUAACAGAUUCCGUUCUAUCGAUUCCGUUAUGAUGAUAUCAUGCAUCGAUUGACGAUCCAAUUGUGACAGACAGUUAUUAUGAAUAAGUAAUUUACAUUUACUGACAGGACCACGACAGCGCCGGCGCUUAGUUAGUAGUAGAUAAGUACUUACCUGACUUUUCUUUUUUCGGUUUUUGUUUUUUCUAGUUAGGUCUGCUCCGCCCGCAAUAAGUAAUUUACAUUUAUGCUUUCUGUCCAUAGCAAUGGCGCAAGCAGCACAAAAGUCGUUCUGUUUUGUAGAUAUAGCUCUACGUCGUUCUGUUUGUAGAUAUAGCUCUACGUCGACUCACGUCGAGUCGGGAGUCUAGACUCGGGAUCUAGGAUCAUGAUGAUGCUACGUCGACUCGGGAGUCUAGAUCUGAUAUUGCCACGCUUUCAUAUAGAUUUGUCCAUCUCUAGUAGUUUAUAGCGCCAUUACUAACAAAUAGUUCAGUACUAGAUACAAUCAAAUAAUAAUAUCUAACAUGGAUCUCCUCUAUGAACCUAUUUUCAUCGAUCCCAUUUUCCAUGCCCCCUCCUGCCUAGUGGAGCUAUUAGGCAAGAGCCUUUUUUUAGAGAAUUCAACACUACUAGCUUCUUUUUUCUACCUUUCUUUACUGUCAGACAAUCGCUUAAGCAUGGCUGGCUGAAAACUGUUGUGAAUGAAGUCGUGGAGGUGAAAGACGUAAGUCGACUGCAGUCAGCUUUUUUUCCAUGCUGGUAGCUACCGAAAAGAACGCUGGUGAAAACACAAUCGCUUUUUGCUGUUCUUUCUAACAAGAAUUCUUGCUUAGUAGAGUCUGGCGGCACGGCUAUAGAGUCGUGGCACGGCUAUAUAUGUAGAAUGGAAAAAAAAUAGGGUGGCACUGUUAGGCCCCGAAGGUUCAGAACGGCUAUAGAGCAAAAAAUAUUUGUAGUUGUGACGCUGGUGGCACGGCUCUAGAGUAGAAUAUCUGCUGAGAGGAGUGGGCCUAGUGCUAGAUUGCUUAUAGCUCUCUCCGAUAGUUGUAGUUCGUUGGCAUUUGGCAUACGGUCCUAUGCUCCGCCAGUAUGUAACUGUUUGAUUGCUUGACAGAGUUAUUUAGUUGAUUAGAAGAGAGGCAGCAUGGAGUCCUAUGGAAAUACGGACAUCUUCUCAAACGCAUGCCAAAAGGAUAUGAUGCCAAAGGCCGCCACUAAAUGUGAUGCAGCGCAAAAAAGUAGAAGAAGUAUACAUCCGACUCCCCCAAUGUUUACGCAGGCACUUCCUGCCAAAAACAUUCUUCAUCAAGCCGACCCAAAAACAGUAGACUACUCCUGUUUAUUUACUGUGCCUACAAGUCUUAGCGGUUGGCGCUACCGCCGUAGCUGAGUACCUAAAAUCUAAAUCUAUUAUAUUAAGGCGUAGGAAGGUCUGCUUAUCUGAUUUGCCUCUUGGUAUUAGUUAUAUUUGUAGCAACCAUUUUUAUUUUAGGUCGGCUUCAUCAGUAAUUUCAUUCAUCUGCCCAGCGGCAUGUCAUACCUUGCAGGCCGGCAAGCUUGCUCUCAGGGGUUGCGCCUUAGUUCUUCUACAGAGGCUACUGGCUUAUAGCUCUCUCCGAAAGUUGUAGCUUGUUGGCCAUUGGCAUGCGGUUCUGUGCUUCCCCAGUAUCUAACUGCUGAACUGCUCGGCGUAAGUAUUUAUGUGAUUAGAAGGGAGGCAGCAUAUAGCCUUAUGGAAAAAAAGAGUCCGACAUGAAGGGCAGCCGGCGUCGCGGCUUGUUGUUAUUGUUGCUGACUUUGGUAAACAGAGCUGGGGAAAGCACAGAGAGAGAGAGGGGGGGCUGCGCCUGUAUCUGUGUGAGUGCCAGAAGUUGUAGGGAAGCAAGUUGCUGAAUUGCUUGCAUAUUUUGCCGGAAAGAGCAAGCGCGCCCGCACAUGUUGAAAAAGGUCGGCACCAUGUCCGAGAGCGGCUGCACUUGCCACAAACUGGGAACGCCUGACGCGCCCCACUGCGUGAGUAUACCCCAUCCGGCUCAUUUUGUCACGCACCACGAGAAGACCAAAGAACUACACCGCUGCAACGCGGCCGCAAGCUGCAAAGGAAGCUGACCCAUCGCCAAAAACCAGAGAAGGGCGCGCCGCUCCUGGAAGCGGCCGCACCAGCCCCGCCCG